GUCAAAAUCAGCUGUCCCUAUUUUGGAACAACUUGGUAGAUUUUAUCCGUAAUUACAGGUUUUAUUUAAAAAAAAUCUAUUUAUUAGCAUGUAACACAGCGUUUGAUUGACCAAUAUGAGCUCUAAAAACAUUUUCUCGAAGCUUCUGCCAAACAUAAAGCUUGCUACUCGUUUCGAUGCGGACGGAAAUGAAAUUCAAGUUGAACGUCGCGAAGAUGACGAGCAGAAGCACAAGGAACAAGAAAUUAUCGACAUACUGGUCGGUGCUGGAUACUAUCGAGCCCACAUUCAGGGCUUGUCGAUUUUUGACAAGAUUGUCGGCGGAAUGACAUGGUGCAUUGAGGCGUGUGAUUACGACGUAGAUGUUGAUUUGCUGUUUCACGAGAACCUGACCAUCGGACAAAAAAUUGCUCUUACAGAAAAAAUCGUAGUCGUGCUGCCCAAGAUGAAAUGCCCUUUCCAACUCGAGCCGCAUCAGAUACAGGGAUUGGAUUUUAUCAACAUUUUUCCUGUUGUGGAAUGGUUGGUCAAGCGGUCCGCUGAGAAUAGAAGCGAAAAGGCUGAGAGAUUGAAAAAAUUGGCUGUUUCGCAGUUUCAGAAUCACUUCGAACUUCAAUCGGAUCGAGAAGACAAACAAGUGCACAGUAGACAAUUGCACAAUUUGAAAACUGUGGAGGAUAGGUAUAUCCCUAAGCGGCAAUUCAAACGAAAGGAUAAAGGACCAGAUGAUGUCAUCAGUCGGGUGCGGAUUACAUUGAUGGAAUACGGAACCCGAGAUUUUUCCGUUAAAACUAAUGUUGAUAUUCCAGAGAUUGAAGGCUUGCAAGAAUCAGAUGUUUUCGAAAACGUGCUUCAAAACACCGAACAAGAGCUUGAUUUUGAUCAGUUAUUCCAAAAUUUAUCAGUUGCCAGAGAGCAGCAGAAUCUGAUUCCAAUACUAAGCGAUACGGAACGAGAGGCCCUCAAUCAACACUACGAAGAUCUCAAGCGAGAGAUGUCAAUCAAUACAAAUCAGUUAUCAGAGCAAAACAAAAUUAAAACGAUGCUGGCCACGAAACUGGCUUUAGAGAAGAAACUAGAUCGAAUUAGAAAUGAAGGUAAACAGCUACAAGCGACUGUCGACGAAGGAAGACAGGAUCUGGACCAUGUUCUCAGAGAAAAAGAAUUGCUCGAAGAAGAGAUUCAUAAUCUGGACAAUAUUGAAAUAAGUGAGGAGAAUCAGAAAAUUCUUACUCACGUACAUACAUUGAUAGCACAGAACGAAAAGAUGAAACAACAGGAGACCGAAUUUAAGGAAAAAUGUAAGCAAGAGUUGAUUGAGUUGCAAGAAAAGAUUAGGAAAGCUGAAACAGUAACUUCCGAUGAAGUAAUAACACAGUACGAAACACAAUUGAAAGGGGAACAGGAACGACUCAAAUCCUUACGACUGCAGCUAGCCAAGAAAAAUCGUGCUUAUGUGUCGAUAAAUCGACAACUGGACAACAUUCCCGACCGGACCGAACUAGCUCAGUAUCAGCGUCGUUUCAUGGAGUUGUACAAUCAAGUGAGCGCAAAGCACCGUGAAACAAAACAAUUCUACACUUUGUACAAUACACUGGAUGACACAAAGCUGUACCUGGAGAAGGAAAUGUCGUUGCUGAACUCAAUCUACGAAAACUAUGGCAGCGCGAUGCAAUCCUUUAGCUCCAGGGAACAGUUCAUCCAGCAGUUCGAAAAUAUCGUUGAAGGCAUUCGUACUAACAAGGCUAAGGUCAAAGCAAAGUGCGACGAUGAACGUGCCAAACGAGAUGGUCUAAAUGCCCAACUCCUAUGCCUGGUGGAACAACAACGGAAAUAUGCAGCUACUGUAAAACAAUUAACUAGCGAGUGUCAGCGCAACGAAAUCCUCUUGUUGAAACUCCAGCAGCUGCAAGAGUCUGUUAAUAAGUGAGCAGAUUAAAUUUCGUACUAAAACCGUUAAAAGUAUGUGGUCUAAUAUACGUUUAUUGUAGUAAUAAUUGCUACCUUAUGUAUCCGGGUUUUUCACUUCCCGGAGGUGCUGA